CCUCACCGUGAUUGACCAAGUGACAAGGAGGAGAGCGAGCGGAUCCCCCAAAAUAGAAGCAGCUACAUAAACAAAGCAGGAAGAUAAAUGCCAGAGCACUCUAAAAUGGAUUUAGGAUUCAAAGACCAUAACAACAGGACACCUACCAAGAAUACAUCUGCUACUACAAAGAAUUUUUCUGCCUGGGAAGAUUACAGGAGUAGUGUUGAUGACAUACAGUACUUUCUUAUUGGGCUGUACACACUCAUAAGUCUGGCUGGUUUUUUGGGAAAUCUGCUUAUAUUAGCAGCUCUACUAAAGCGCAAGCAGAAGACGAUAAUAAACAUUCUUAUCGGUAGCUUGGCCUUUUCUGACAUCUUAGUUGUGCUCUUUUGUUCCCCUUUCACUCUGACAUCUGUCCUGCUUGACCAAUGGAUGUUUGGCACUAUCAUGUGCCACAUAAUGCCCUUCCUCCAGUGUGCAUCAGUUCUAGUUUCAACUUUAAUGUUAAUAUCUAUUGCUGCAGUCAGGUACCGUAUGAUAAAAUAUCCCCUUUCUAGCAAUUUAACAACAAAACAAGGCUAUUUCUUAAUAGUGACUAUUUGGGCCCUUGGCUUUGCCAUUUGCUCCCCUCUGCCAAUUUUCCACAAAAUUGUGGACCUCAGCAAAAUUCUGAAUUUAGAGGCACUGGAGAACAGGCUCUUGUGUAUCGAGUCAUGGCCUUCUGAUUCCUACAGAAUUGCCUUUACAUUAGCCUUAUUGUUCAUGCAGUAUAUAUUGCCACUGGUCUGUUUAACUGCUAGUCACACCAGUGUCUGCAGGAGCAUCGGUUCCAGACUAUCGAACAAGGAAAACAGGUUUGAAGAAAAAGAGAUGAUAAACCUAACGCUUCAUCCAUCUAAGAGUACCAGCAAGCAGGUGCAGCCCUCCAGCCGUUCCGGGUGGAGCUGCACCUUUGGUAGAAAGCAUCACAGAAGAUACAGUAAAAAGACUUCGAGUGUGAUGCCAGCUAUUUCAAGGCAUCAUCAGGAUACUCAUUCCAGAGACCUCCCAGAAACUUCCGGCACAGAAAAAAGCCACCUCUCUUCCUCCAAUAAAUUUAUCCCUGGGAUACCUGUUUGCUUUGAGAUGAAACCAGAAGAAAACACUCAGAUCCGGGACAUGAUUACAGUAUCCCAAUCCAUCAUCAGAAUUAAGACAAGAUCCAGGAGAGUUUUUUGCAGACUGACAAUGCUAAUCUUAGUUUUUGGUUUCAGUUGGAUGCCUCUUCACCUUUUCCACAUUGUGACAGAUUUUAAUGCUACUCUCAUUUCUAACAGACAUUUUAAAUUAGUAUAUUGCAUAUGCCAUUUACUGGGUAUGAUGUCCUGCUGCUUGAAUCCCGUCCUCUAUGGGUUCCUUAACAACAGCAUAAAAGCUGAUUUAAUGUCCUUUAUUCCAUGCUGCCAAAUACCAUGAUUUUAUGUGCCCCAGGUUACAAUAAAACAAACAAUUGUGGCUUUCAAGCAUACAGACAUGUAUAGCUGCAGAAGCUAAAGUUGUUUGGUUUAGUCAGAUUUGGUUGUGAUUAGUAGUGUUUUGUGCAAAUGUUCUAUGGCUGCAUGUGUUUCUUGCACUGGGCAGAAAUACAUACAUGUACUAUAAUAUUCCUCUGCCUGUUACACAUAGGAAA